UUGGCAGGUGUUCACAUUUCAAUUAAUGUAUCUAUGCCAAGUUAAAAGAAUGGGACAAAAAAUUGUCUUAAAAAGAGGUGUUCGUAUUUGAGAAAUGUUCAAAUGAACAAGUUUUACAAUACAGCCAAGUUAGAAAGUUUCCCUAUCAGACUACUGAAUGCGAAGAAUCAAGACGUUCACAAUUCUUCUGUAAACAAUCCACAUCCGGGUACUUUUAAGUAAAAUGGCAACUUCCUGUUCACGUGCAGCAUCAAAAUUCGGUAGAUUUUUCUUCGGAUAUGCUGUUAAUAGAUCAUCUAAUGUCUUAAAUCAAUGGGCGGGAAAGGGUCACUUGUACACCCAAGUUGUCUCCUGUGCUUCAAUUCACAAUGAUUCGCGAAGACAUCAUCCUCAGUCAUCACGUAAUUUCCGCGUACAGCAAGAUCAAGAUGAUGAAGAUGAACUCUAUGACGUUGAUGAAGAUGACUUGGAUGAUCUGAGACAGAAACAUCGGGAAGCUGCUCGAACACAACAUGCCUCAUCUGAAGGGCUAAAGUUUUCAGACUUUGAAAUUUCUGGCAAACUGAAAAAUAGACUAGAACAGCUUGGCUAUAAGGAGCCAUUUGAAAUCCAAGCCAAAACACUGCCACAUACAUUAGGCAACAGAGAUGUUAUUGGUAGAGCUCUAACUGGGAGUGGUAAAACUAUGGCAUUUUCCAUACCAAUUGUACAGAAACUACAAGGACGAAAGAGGGGCAGAACUAAGAGUCCUGUUGCAAUUGUGAUUUCUCCUACGAGGGAGUUAUGUUUACAAAUACACAAAAGUAUACAAGAACUUGACCCUGGUGUUAGGUGUGCAGCUUUAUAUGGAGGGGAUCCCUACCACAGACAGGAAAUGGUGAUUGACAGAGGCAUUGAUGUUGUAUGUGCCACUCCAGGAAGACUGAAUGACCAUAUAGAACGUGGAAAUAUUAUGAUUGAUGAACUUGAAUUCCUAUGUCUUGAUGAGGCUGAUGAAUUGCUAACACCCAAUUUCAAAGAACAAAUUGAAAAUAUUUUAAUGGAGUCCCCCAGGGAGAAGCAAGUUAUGCUGUUCAGUGCCACAUUACCUCCAAACAUCACACAGAUAACGAGACAGUAUAUGAAUGACCCAGUUCAUGUCGACAUAGCAGGAAGCCAGAAGCUCACAACACCUUUAUCUGUGAAACAUAUAUGCAUGAAGGCCCCCAGCUUUCACCACAUUACUCUUGUAAAGCAUCUCUUAGAUCAGUAUGAAGCAGAGAGGUGUAUUGUCUUCAUGGCUACCAAAGUGCAAUGCAAGGAGGCUACUAAUAAACUGCAAGCCAUGGGACUAAAGGCGGAGGCUAUACAUUCCGACUGCACCCAGAGACGCAGAGAGAACAUUAUGAAAGCAUUUAGGAAGGGCCUUAUCAAAGUCUUAGUGGCUACAGAUGUUGCAGCCAGAGGGCUAGAUAUACCAGAAACUGACCUCAUAAUACAAGUUGAGCCACCUAAGAAUGGAACGGAUUUCUACAUCCAUAGAUCUGGCAGGACUGGACGUGCAGGAAGGGAUGGUGUGGCUGUUCUUCUACAUUCAGGGAGAGAUUGGUUUCUUGUUAAAGAGAUUGAACGAUUGGUGAAACUUGAGCACGUCGAAGCUCCAGAUAUGAACAAAUAUAUGGUACAAGACAUUCUAGAACGUGUAAAGAAGGUCAGAGAAAACGAUAUCAAAAACAUUUUACCCCAGCUUGAGGAAUUAGACUUAGCCCCACCUAAGGGUAAAAUAAUACUUGCAGCCGCUAUGUCAAUAUUAAUGAAUGGCGGAAUGGAGAAAUCAGCCCCUGAGUCAAGAUUUGAACGGACAUCAUUCAGAAAUGACAGAUUUAACAAUCGUUUUGAUCGAAAUGAUCGCUACAGUAGAAAUUAUGAUUCUUAUGAUAGGAGUAAUUCUAGAUUUUCUGGUCAUAGGAAGCCUUUCAGAAGAGAUAGGCGAGACUUUAGUGAUGAGUGGGAAGACGAGCCAAGAAAUUACAGAGGCAAAGGAUUUAGUAGGCGAGGCCUAGCUGAUGAGGAUGACGAUGAUUUUUAAACCCACUGAGUUUAAAUUAUUGUCAAAA